AUGCCAAUCUCCGUCAAGGCGCUCACCGCCUUCAAAGGCGGAAUCGUUGUCGGUACGCUUGCGGCCCUAGUCGAGCAGGGCUUGGCCCUACGCAAAAGGACCCACUGGAAGAGCGACGGGAAGGGCACUCCCGACACUAUGAGGUAUCACAUUAAUGUCGAGCUGGUCGCUAAGAAUAAGGAAGCUAGUGAGCAGAAGCGU